GAUCCCCGGCAAGCUAUCUUUUAUUUGUUCUCCCGUGAAGCCAAGACAUCUUACAUGCUUCUCAGGCAUCAGCGGCCCACUCGUAUCCUUGACUCCUGCGGUCGUCUGGUCAUAUUUCGAUCUAUGGCCAUACCUUGGCUGGUCGAUUCCAUGGACGACUUCAUCCAGGAGAUGAAAUUUUUUGUAGCUAAUUGUACUCCGUUCAAGGACGAAGAUGCAAGCCAAAAUGUGCGUGGAAGACACUGGUUUUGUAUUGCCGGGCAUGACCGU